UAGUCACUCCCACUAUCACUAUUGCCCGGCGUCAUGUUUCCAUGGUUUCUUUCAAUUUUUACUCUUACACUGAUUUUAUUGAUCUUUUUUAUAGUUAGAAAAACAGUCUGGGGUUUACAGGGUAGUCGUAAAGGUAUUAAACUGCCACCAGUUUAUGGUGGUUGGAUUCCUUGGCUAGGAUGUGCGGUGGAAUUUGGAAAACGUCCUUUGGAUUUCAUUGAACAAAUGAGAAAAAAGCUAGGACCAGUAUAUACAUUGAAGGUUGCUGGUGAGCGUAUGACUUUUCUGACAGAUUCUAAAGAUUUUCAUCACUUCUUUCAGUCUUCAAAUGUUGACUUUCAAAAAGCUGUUCAGUCAGCUGUCCAGAAAGUUGCUUCUGUCACAGAAGAUGCAUUUUUUCAGAACCACACGAAAAUUCAUGAUACAGUGAAAGGGCGUUUAGCUGCAGGUCAUCUACAAAACAUCUGUAAAAACCUAAAUGGCGACUUCAAGAAAUAUCUCACUGAUGUUAAGCUUCAGAAUGAAAAUAAUAAAUUUUCGAGCAUGGACUUGAACAAUAUAAUUCGUAGGACAAUGUACCGGUCUGUUAUGAACAACCUUUUUGGGGAAGAUGUUUUGUUUGUUGAUGAAAAGGAUGAUUUUUCUGAGUUAGAAAAACAUUUUGUAACAUUUGAUGAUCAGUUUGAAUAUGGAACAAGGCUGCCAACCAUUUUUUUAAAGGAGUGGUCUACAUCAAGAUACUGGCUUUUGAAAUUAUUUAACAAAGUUGCACCAAAAAUAUUGAAAGAAAUACCAGAUGAUACAUCAAAAAGAAACCUUCUUCAGUCCUUACUAUCAGUUGUAGAUAAAGAGCAUGCACCUAACUGGAGCCUCCUGCUGUUAUGGGCAUCUUUAGCUAAUGCUAUACCAAUUACUUUCUGGACACUGGCUAAUAUUUACAGUCACCCACAAGUUAAAUCUAAAGUUCAAGAUGAGGUAGAUCGCUCAAUAAAUGAUAUGGACAAUAUAUCAGAGUCUACUUUAGCAACUAUGCCAUACACUAAGCAGUGUGUCCUGGAAGCAAUCCGCCUGAGAUCACCAGGGAUAAUAACACGCAGGGUUGUUAAAGAAAUCCAGAUCAAUGGUUUUACGAUUCCAUCUGGUGAUCUGCUUAUGGUGUCCCCUUUUUGGUCACACAGAAAUCCACAUCAUUUCCCUGAUCCACAUCAGUACAAGCCAGAAAGAUGGGAUGGAGUAGAUAAAAACUCUUUUCCUGAAGAGUUUAUUGCAUUUGGUGGUGGGCGUUACCAGUGCCCAGGGAGGUGGUUUGCAUUGAUGGAAAUCCACAUGUAUGUCUGUAUGUUUAUGAAAAUGUUUGACUGUAAAUUAUUACAAGGUGUACCAGAUUUGUGUGAGUUGCAUCUGGUUGGCUCACAGCAGCCUGUACAAAGUUGUCCUGUACUGUUGAAAAAUAGACUGUCCUGAAGAGCAUAUUGAUUUUGUAAAAAGUUUUUACAUACAUGUGUAAGUUAUAAUUGUUUUACUCACGUUUUUAAAUCAUGUAUCUUUAAUGGAACAUUGUAACCACAUUAUUAAAGAACAUAAUUUAGUUUGUUUGAAAAUGCAUCAACCAGUAACUGUAGGAUCAUACAACCAUGACCA